AUGGAUACUACUAAUGAUGAUGGUGGAGAUAGUAGUAGUAGUAGUAAUGUGACGACAUCUACUACGACAACUAGAACGGAUAAUACCAAACCACAAGAUGAAAAUCGAGAAGAUGAAGAAGAAAUAGAAGUAGAGGAUAAACAACCUCAAGCACAAGUUCAAACCCAAGUUCAACAACUUGAAACAACAAAAAAGAUUCAAAAGUUAUCAAUUGAUGUAAUUAAUAGAAUAUCGGCAGGUGAGGUUAUUCAAAGACCGAGUAAUGCAUUAAAAGAAUUGAUAGAGAAUAGUUUGGACGCUCAAUCGACAGUGAUCAAGGUGACUGUCAAAGAUGGUGGAUUAAAGUUACUCCAAAUACAAGACAAUGGUAGUGGUAUUAAAAAGGAUGACCUCGACAUUGUCUGUGAACGAUUCACAACAAGUAAACUACAAAAGUUUGAAGACUUGCGAAAGAUUGAAACCUUUGGAUUCAGAGGGGAAGCUCUGAGUAGUAUUAGUCACGUCUCACAUCUCAAGAUUCUCACAAAGACUGCAGACUCUAAUUGUGCUUAUCGAGCAUACUAUGCCGAUGGUAAACUGGCACCAUCCACUGCUGGUGAUACUAUUGACCCUAAACCAUGUGCAGGUGUCAAUGGUACUCAAAUCACAUCAGAAGAUCUCUUUUUCAAUGUACCAGCUAGAAAAAAGGUAUUAAGAAAUAUACUCGAAGAACAUGCAAGAGUGGUUGACCUAGUUAGGAAAUAUGCUAUAUUUAAUAGUAAAGUUAGUUUUAUUUUAAAAAAGGCUGAUAUAAGUACACCCGAUGUAUUUACACAAGGUGGUGAAGGAACAACUGAAAAGGAAGUUAUUUCAUUAAUAUAUGGAUCAGAGAUUGCAAAAGAAUUGAAAGAAUUAUCAUCAAGCAAUGAUAAAUUAGAGUACAAGAUGACUGGAUUAUUCUCAACUACCAAUUUGAGUUCAAAGAAACCAAUAUUUAUUUUAUUUAUUAAUAAUAGAUUGGUUGAUUGUAGAAAUUUGAAAUUAGGAUUAGAACAAUUAUAUACAAAAUAUUUAUCAAAGGGAGCAUAUCCAUUUAUAUUUGUUAGAUUAUCACUCAAUCCUCGUAAUGUUGAUGUCAAUAUUCAUCCAACAAAGAGUGAGGUUCGAUUCCUUUAUGAGGAUCAAAUCAUUGAACUCAUUCAAAAGGUGGUUGAUACUGAACUCAAUCUAUCAAUCUUAUCUAAAACAUUUCCACAAGCUUCUGAUGGUGCUAUUCCUGAUAGUAUGCCAGAUGGUCCUUCUUUUAGUAAUACUAAUAAUAACAUUAGUAUUGGUAGUAAUUCAAAAAAAUCAUCAAAAUCAUCAUCGAUAGCAGAUGACCUUGGAAACAGUGAAAAGGAUAAAUCAACUCCUCAUCCUUCACAAAUGGUUAGAUCAUUGGAUUCAAAGACUCAAUCAAUUAGUGCUUUUCUUAUACCAAUGAAUGGUCAGAAUAAUCGUGAUGAUGAUUAUUCAGGUGAUAACAGUAAUAAUAAUAAUAAUAAUAGGAACAAAGAUAUUAAUAAUAAUAAUAAUAAUAAUAAUAAGGACAAUAAUAAUAAUAAUAAUAAUAAUAAUAAUAAUAAUAAUAAUAAUAAUAAUAGUAAUAGUGAUAGGUUUAAGCAAACAACACUUGAUAAUCCCAAAAAGAGAAAGGAACUUGCAGAUAAAGCAAUAAUGGAUAGAGCAUUUGAUCCAGAUAAUAUAUUCGAUUUUAAUAACAACAAUUCAGCUCCAGCAGAUAAAGAUUUGGAUGAAAUUGAUAAUAAUGACAGCAACGUUGACGAUAUCUUUAAUAGUAGUAUUAGUAGUAAUAAUAGUAGUAGUAAUAAUCCCAAUCAAACAAAUGCAAAACAAAGUUUGGAUGAAUUUAAACAAGCAAACAAUGGCUGUGGUGAUGAUACAACAGGAUUUGCACCAAGAAGAACAAAGAAAUUUAAACAAACAGAAUUGAUAAGCAUAAAGGAAUUACUGGCUACUGUCAAUACCAAUAAGCAUGUAGGUGGACUACAAGAAUUCUUUAGAGAUUCUACUUUUGUUGGUUGCUUGGAUCAUUCUUUUGCAUUGGCUCAACAUCAAACUAAAUUAUAUAUUGUUAAUAUUGAAAGUAUAAGUAAAGAGAUAAUGUAUCAAAAUAUUUUACAUGGAUUUCAAAAUUUUGAUUCCAUUCAAUUCUCGGUACCUUUACCAAUUGAAGAUUUAUUAUCUACUGCUUUAGAUUCACCGUUUGGCAAUUGGUUAAUUACACCAAGUACACCAAAAGAUACAUUGCUGCAAGAACUAAAGUCACUGUUGAUGAACUAUGCUCCGAUGCUCAAUGAAUACUUUGGCAUUAAUUUUACAAAUGGUAGUAUAUGUGGACUGCCACAAAUCAUCGACAACUAUGUACCGUGUCUUGACAAUCUUCCAAUGUUUUUACUUCGUCUUGGUAUAGAGGUCGAUUGGAGAUAUGAAAAACAAUGCUUUGAAAUGGUUGCAAGAG